AUGGGUCACGUACAUCUACUUGGAGGAUUUUUAACAUUAUUAUUCUCUGCCGCUGUUAUUGGUAUGAAUGUCUAUGCAUUCCUUCAAUCAACUCCAUGGUAUGAGAUUGGAACCAACUCACAACUAGUUGAUUUACAUUUUGACUUUUCAAGAGAUGGUGUAAUUUCAGGUGACACUCUUACUGAAUGGGACGGAGACUCCAAGACCAGAACUGUAAUCUACACUUCUUUUGCCUUUGUCAUUAUCUCUUUUAUUUUUGCCGUUCUUGGAUUACUCGUUACUGGUGUUGGUAUGCUCAAACACUUGCACAAGCAUUCUAGAAAGUUCAUCCUUGUUUCUGCCAUUAUUACCCUCAUUUCAAAUGUUUUAGCCACUGCUUUGUUUGUUAGAAUCAAUAAUGCAUUCUGUGAUGAUAUCGAGGAUGGAUUAGCUGUUAAUAUCAAUCUCAAAGGCACUGAUUUCUGCUCCGAGUUUAAGGGAGAAGAUUCAGUCUUGUAUUGGAAACCAGUUAUUGGUUGGAUCAUCACCUUGGUCGCUGCCAUCGUAUCACUCUUUUUCACCAUUGCCGCUGCCAGCAUCGUUCGUCACAAGAAAUUCGGAUACCAUGUCAUCCACUAA